AUGGCCGCCCUCGACCGCAGACGUAUUCCGGCCCCGGAAAUCUCUCAUGCCCCCACCUACGAGCCGCUUUCCUCCCAAGCAGGCCCCUCGAGAACAGAUCGAUCGGACCUCGAGUCCCGACCCAUAUUUCUCAAGACGGGCUUGAUCUCACAGGCAAACGGCUCCGCCUAUAUUGAAGCGGGCGGCACAAAAAUUGCCUGCUCUGUCUACGGCCCUCGACCCAAGCAACCGCCUUAUAUGACCCAAGGCGAGCGCCAUUACGAGCAAGACACUGAACCCCUCCCGUUAUCGAAUCUCUUGACCCAGCUUCUCCUUCCGUCUCUUCACCUCUCCGCCUUUCCCAAAGCUCAGCUCGACAUUUUCCUCCUCGUUCUCGAAUCGUCUUCCCCCGCGUCCGUACUGAGUGCGGGAUUGACAGUGGCCAGUGCCGCGGUCGUAGACGCCGGCGUGGAGAUGGGCGGUUUGGGCGUCGGCGCGGUCGUUGCAAAGCUCGAAGAGGGCAGGAACCUGGUCGACCCGAGUAAAGAUGAGGAGGCGGAGAGCAGGGCGCGGGCUGUGGUUGGGGGCAUGCCGGCCUUGGGAAAGAUUACAAAUAUGUGGUUGGAGGGAGAAGUGCCCGUUUCGGAAGCGUGUGAUAUGAUAGAAACAGCUCUGGUGUCUACCCGCGAGACCCAUACAGUCCUCGCCCAGGCCAUCAUUGAAGGAGUCGAGGAGCGAGGCCUGGGUUUAUAG